AUGCGUUUUACUUCGUUCAUCGUCACCGGCGUUCUCGCCCUCGCCGCCAGCGCGCAGACCACCACCGACUCUACCACCACUACUGAAGCCAGCACAACGGUUGCGAGCACCGGUACCUCCACUGCCUCCAGCGUGCAAGCUACCGACUCAGCACAGGCCGCUGUCCUUGCUUGCCUUGGCAAGUGCGAGGCCGGUGAUGUCGACUGUCAAGCUCAAUGCAUCAAUGUUCCCAGCCCUGACGAGAGCGCGGUGAACAAGACGAAUGAGUGCAGCAAUGCCUGCGUUCAGGGCAACGGAACACAGGCCGAAACGGAAGCUUACGCUGCUUGUUUGCAGGACUGCGUCAACAAAUACUACUUCCCCAGCUCUGUUGGCACCACUACUGGAACUGGUGCCACUGGCUCCGGAAGCAGUGGUAGUGUCAGCACCACUUCUGUGGCGACAACUAUUACCAGCGGUGGCUCCACAUUCGCGACGACUGUGGCAAGCACCAUUACUCAUGGGUCAUCCUCUGGCUCAGCUACUGGAACCGCUGCCCCCUCGUCGUCAUCUGGAAGUGCCGGCGACGUUGUCUUCCGACCUGGGAGCUCGGUUGUCGGUCUCCUUGGUGCUUUUGCCGCCGUCCUUGCUCUAUAG